AUCUCUGCUCUCUCUCUCUCUCUCAAGUCUCACCGGCGGCGAGGCGACACCUAAGCUAGGGUUUUGGGAGGAGAGACGGACGGCCACCAUGGCGCCGCCCUCCGACGCCUCGGCCCCGCUCCCCGCCGGCGCGAUCUCCAAGGUGCUCAUCGUCAUAGCGAUGCAGACGGAGGCGCUCCCGCUCGUCAACAGCUUCCACCUCCACGAGGCGCCCGCCCACGAAUCCAUAUUUCCUAAAGGUGCCCCAUGGAUUAGAUACCACGGCAACUACAAAGGCCUUCACAUUGACCUUGUAUGGCCGGGAAAGGAUCCUGCUCUUGGGGUCGACUGUGUUGGAACGGUAUCAGCAGCUCUUGUGACAUAUGCUUCUAUACAGUCGUUGAAGCCAGACCUGAUCAUCAAUGCUGGCACUGCUGGUGGGUUUAAGGCCAAAGGAGCAGGUAUUGGAGAUGUCUUCUUAGCGUCGGAUGCUGCAUUCCAUGACAGGAGAAUACCUAUCCCUGUGUUUGACAUGUAUGGAAUUGGAGCACGGAAAACAUUUGCAACCCCUAAUAUAUUGAAGGAACUCGGCUUGAAGGUUGGGAAGCUUUCCACUGGAGAUUCUCUAGAUAUGUCUCCCCAUGAUGAGUCAGCAAUACUGAAUAAUGAUGCUACAGUCAAGGAUAUGGAGGGAGCUGCGGUGGCCUAUGUUGCUGACAUGUUUUCAACACCAGCAAUCUUUGUGAAAGCUGUGACUGAUAUUGUUGAUGGGGAGAAACCAACAGCUGAGGAGUUCCUGCAGAACCUGGUUGCCGUGACUGCAGCUCUGGACAAGACAGUUACUGAAGUGGUUGACUUCAUCAGCGGGAAAUGCUUAUCGGAUCUUUGAAUGAGGAAGCUUAAAAUUCUGUUGAUCAAAUCCAAUCUUCUACUGCUUCAAUGCACUACACUCAUCAUUGCUCUAUGAUUUUUGAUGAGGAUGCGUAUAAAUGUUUAGGUCUCCUGAUCCUCCAUAGGACAUAUGUACAAAAUUCUUGGCAAUUACUUGGAUGGAUGGCACGUAAUUUUGUAGAGUAUCCUGCAAAAUGAUCGGUGUAAUGAUACUAAAUAAAGUGAUAUUUUGUUAAACUAAAAUAAAUUAUUGGGAGUGGAGUCCUCACA